GCAUGUUUAUGACAUUUUGAGAAAUUUCGUCCUUUAAAUUACGAUAAUUCUGCUCCAGAAUGAUAUAUACUUCAACAGAUCGAAUAAAUAACUUUAAACGAAAGUGAAGAGUCAUUGAUUUUGGUAAUAAGAAGAACAAGUCAUUGAUGUCGCUGCUUCUAUUAUCAAAAGAACAUUUUCUCUGAUAGAAGUAAUAAAAAGUGCGCCUGUACAAAAGUGCGUGUUGGUGAUUCCCCUGUCAGUGCACAGAAUCAAGCCUCGCCAGCCGUUCGGAAGAAAAGUGAAAGCCUCGAGAAGCCCCCUUUGAACUUCACACCGCUGCCUUUCGCUACCGAUAUGUCGAACCCGAGUGUUACAUACCGACCUGAUCAGGCCGACUAUCAGCUCCUGGCCGUGAUAGGUCGUGGAAGCCAAGAGCGAGCGACGAUCUGCCUGGCUCUACACAAGCCGAGUAACACACAUGUGGCCAUCCGGAGGGUAAAGCUGGAUUUAUACGAGGAGGAAUUCUAUGGCUUGCAGCAUGAGAUCUUUGCGGCUAAGCAGCUACAACACAACAACAUCCUCCCAUAUCUCUGUACAUUUAUCAACAAGAAUGAGAUAUGGAUCGUCAUGCCCAUGAUGGGAUUCGGUUCAUGCAAGGAUCUCAUCCAUGCUCAUUUCACCCACGGUCUCCCUGAAGCAGCCAUCUCUUAUAUUCUUCGAGAUGUUCUACAGGCGUUAGAAUACUUACAUGGAAGGGGACACAUACACAGGAGUAUACGAGCGAGCCACAUCGUGUUAUCGGGUCAAGGUCAUGUGUGCCUGACAGGUCUGCGCUGCUCGACCAGUAUGUGGAAGGAUGGCAGGAAACUCAAAGCUAUUCAUGAAUUCCCAAAGAAACAAUUUAGUGCCAUUCCAUGGGCAUCGCCAGAGGUACUCGAACAGAAUCUCCUGGGCUACGACACCCGCGCUGACAUCUACAGUGUUGGAAUCCUGGCCUGUGAAUUGGCUAAUGGUGUUGUUCCAUUCGUCGACAUGGCUCCUACACAGGUUUUACUGACGAAGGUGGAUGGUCCUCCUCCGCAACUGCUAGAUUCCACAACUGUGAUUGAUGUGCCUAUGGAUGACAAUGCAGGGACACAAGCUGACUCGGGUCUUGGAGGCAGUACGGCCAGCGCCACCAACAAAGACAGUAUAUCCUCACCAUACACUGCCAGGACCUUCUCACCACAUUUCCAUCACUUUGUCAAUUGGUGCUUACAGGGUGAUGCAAAAGAUAGACCCAGCUCUUCCACGUUAUUAAAUCAUCCAUUCUUCAAACAAAUCCGGCGGAGAUCAGUUGAAUCAUUGCCGUCAUUGAUACUGCCUGUGACCCCCCUGACCAGCUCCAGUGUGAUCAGCCAAAAUCAGGAGUCUCUCUCAGCUUUAACAGACCUCACAGAUCAAAUGGAAACCGUUGCCUUACAGGAUGAAUGGGUCUAUUGAAGGAUGAGACAUCACAACAUUUGAGCCAAAUGAGGAAUUUUCUGCGACUGUACAUUUCAGGGAAUGUAGUGAAUUAAACUCAACUGCCAGGAUAGAUGGGUCGUUUGAAGGACAAAACACCACGAUAUUUGUCCAAAAUAAGGAAUUUUCUGGGACUGGACAUUUCAGGGAAUUGAAAGAAUUAACUGCUACCAUAAAUACGUACAUCAAUAUAUUUAUGCUGCUACCAUUACAUGUACCAAUGUGCAUUUGAUAUGGCAAUGUUGGGUGCAUGUAACUUUUUGGAAGUAUGAAAAUUUGGCUGAGAAUUCUCUAAAAUCCAGUUGAAAUACUGUCUGGAUAUUUUUGGGAGGGUACAGAGGUCACUGAGAAUCCUAUUUCAGCCCGAGAAGAAGAGGCAUCAUGUUCUUCUUUGUUGGUGAUGCUUUGCUCCGUUCCAAGUCAUCGAAUCAUUUGUAAAUAGCUUGUACAUAUCACUGUGGAUAAAGAUGUU